AUGGCUGUGAAGGGUCUGGGCCAAUCUGACCGCAAAUAUGACGGCUCGAAUGUUAAGGUGGGUAUAAUUCACGCCCGCUGGAACAAAAAAGUUAUUGACGCACUGGUGGAUGGUGCCAUUAAAAAAAUGCUGAGCCUGGGUGUCAAAGAAGAAAAUAUUGUUGUAGAGACUGUUCCUGGCUCUUUUGAGCUUCCAUACGCCACUAAAAGAUUUACAAAAAUGGUCAAUCUUGAUGUUGUCAUCCCAAUUGGUGUGCUUAUAAAGGGGAGCACGAUGCAUUUUGAGUACAUUUCCGACUCUACUACCCACGCUUUGAUGCGUCUUCAAGAAGAUAUCAACAUUCCCGUCAUAUUUGGAUUGCUAACUUGUUUAACGGAAGAACAGGCUCUGGCUCGAGCAGGUUUGGACGAAGCAAAAUCAAUGCAUAACCACGGCGAAGAUUGGGGUGCAGCAGCUAUUGAAAUGGCUGUCAAGUUUGGAGCUAAAUUUCAAAGUUAA